UUUCAUACAGCGUUUAGAUAUUAGUGUUUCGUUUUGUAAAAUCAAGUUACAUAGUUAUUCACCAAAUGGAUGAAAUUAUCCAUUCCGUUAAUUGUUGAAUUACACAAAUACGAACGAUUUUAUAUUUUUGAUUUUAUCAUUAAAAUUAAGCUGAAAGAGUGCGUAGACGUCUACAUAGGAUUAUCUGCAUAGUCACGUUCGCUUAACGCCAUUUUCGUACAAUAAAUGAUACAAAGGUAAAGAGUGGCACACGUAUAGCUCAAUUUCACGAGUCGGUCACCAGGCAGUGCUCAGUCAAGAUUUGUUUUUUGGCAAGUCAAAAAAUAAUAUUUUACGUAAGAUGGCAUCAAGUAGCAAUACAUGGUCAAAGGAAAAGGUUGCUGCUAUUUCUUUAUUUUGGCCGAGGCAGCAGGAAAUAGGCAAUGUAAUAAAAGGGAAACUAAUUAACGCCAUGAUACAGCCAGCCGGUGCACUAAAUAAUUACCUCCAAAUUGUGAACGAACUACCUAUUGCAAACGAUAAAAAGGGAGAAUUGACCAGCCUGUAUUACACCGCUAAGCUUUCCGCAUUCAAUUCCGCCUGUUCGUACACACUGUUCAAAGAAUUGAUUGACAAAGUCAUUGGUAGGAAGGGGGCGGAAUCAAAGGUGGGGAUAUUUUUGGACGCGAUGAGAGAGUGGCAGGAUGGAAGUGAUGCUGUCGUUGCGGCAAACUGGGGAGAAAUUGAAGGCCUUGACGAGGCCGUGGUGGAAAUUCUCGCCGCACAGCAACAUUUACAAGGAAAUGGUGAGGACACUGUGGAUGCUAAGGAAGAUCUGGGGCCAUUCCCAAAUCCGAAAUCUGCUUUGGAUGAAGGGUUUUUCGAAUUUGAUCCAAUACAAGCGGAAACUGAACUUCCCGACGGAACAAGUGUUGGUGGAUAUUUUGAAGGAGAAAUCCUAAAAGUAAAAGUCGUCAAGGCGAAGGAAGCCAAAUCCGGAAGUGGGAUAUACAAAAUGUCUUCGAAACCACGCGGCGUCGCGUUAAUAAUGAACAACAUGUUUGAUAAGAAGAAGGGAGAAAAAAGGAUAAAUUCUCCCCGGGAUGGGUGCGAGCAUGAUGAAAAAUACAUGGGAAACUUAUUCCAACAAUUAGGAUUUAACACAUUUGUUGCAAAAAAUGUUGCAAAAGACCGAAUUGUCGCCGUCAUGGAAAAAUAUCGGUCCCUCAUUACGGAAGAAAUGGAUUGUUUCGUCUUCGUUAUCAUGAGUCACGGCCAAUUAAACGAGAUUCAAAUGGCGGACGGGAACUCUAUGAAUAUUUAUGCCGAUUUCUUACCCGAAAUUACGAGAAAGAUGGCGCCGGCUUUUAGCGAGAAGCCUAAACUCGUAUUUUUUCAGGCGUGUCAAAGCCUUGAAAAGAAGAAGAAAUUCGAGUCCCACGAUGGUUCGGGUCAGUCGAAAAACGAAACGGAAACAAGUUCGGUGGAUCACGUCCGCCUGUUUUUUCCCGCCCUUCCCGCCGACGUGGCGAGACGUCAAUCCGCCACGGGAUCAAGAUUCAUUUACGCCUUGACAAAAGUGUUCAUGGAGCAAGCGCAUGAAAAACAUAUUGACGGUUUGCGCAACGAGGUAGCCAAGGUCAUGAAGAAUAUGGAACUUCCCCCCGGAUUUGAAAGGCAGAAUCCAAAAAUGGAUAUUCUAGGAGAGUGCGAUAAACUCUACUUUAAUCCGGGGCUGUGAAAUGGGUAAAUUUUACUUUUCGCUAUUUGUGUAACAAUGGACUUGUACAUAUUAAUAUUUUGCAUACGGAACAGGAAAUUUAAAGGAUUUGUAAGAAUUGCUUAUGUUUUGUAUGUAAUUUGCUUUUUCAAAAUAUAAAUUUGUAAAUCCAUUAAAUUUUUAGUUUCAUCAAGUUUCAAUAAAUAAUUUAUACGGGUCAAAUUUAGGAUUGUGCCGAGCUUUUUUAAACCUUUAAAAACAUUUAUAUAUGUACCAUUCUCUCUAAUUAUACGUAAAUAAACAAAUAAAACACGUCACAUUUGAUA